AUGAAAUCCUUUCAAUGUACAGAUCAUAAAAAAGAUAUUAUUUAUUAUUGUAAUGACUAACAUUGCGAAAUGAGAUGCUUGUGUGCUGAUUGUGAACAUGAGCAUGAGAAAACUGCAGUACAAAGUUUGCUUGAAGGUUACAAUAUAAAAGAACUGGUUUAAACCUUCUAAAGUUUUAAAUACAUUAUAAAUGAUUUAAUGGCAAAGAUGGAACAUGAAUUGAGCCAACACCUUUAAUAAAUUAAAUAACCUUAAGCGACUGCUUAAAAUUUAGAAUAAUUCGAUAAAUAGCUGAGUGAGAUCUCAAAUAUCUAAAAUACACUAUAAUUCAAAAUUAAAAAUAGAUUGCAGCACAUUAUUAAUGCAUUAAAAGGAUAGGAUUUAGAUUCAAGUCCUAAUACCCUAAUUGAUGCUCGUAAAAAAGACCAUUCGAAAUCAAUUAUUCUCAGUUAGGCCUAAUUAUAAUAAGAUAUGAUUAAGAAAAGCAGGUAGUCAAAAAUAUUCAAAAUGAACAUUCCUCAAUCCAAUUAGUAAGAAACAUAACAGAUUCUUUAAUAACCAAACUUAAAUUUGGACAGAGUUGAAGUGGCAAGAUUGUAAUAACUGAGUACAUAAGACUGGGCUUGGAAAAUGAGUUCAUCCACUGUGUUUUGUUGUAUAUUCUCAGCCUUACGAGAUUUGAAAAUAAUAGGAUUUUUACAGCCCUGCUUAUUCAAAAGUAAUACCAAUAAUUACCAAAAAAAAUCAGCAGUCAUCAAUUUUGGCAUUUAUAAUAAAAAGAAUUUGACCAAAUAACCCAUACACAUGGAGAAAUACACAUUGAGACAUAGUAAGAUGAAGAUAGUCAAUGAUUGUUAUGAGUUGAUGUUAAGUAAACCUAUCAGCAUUAAGGAAUUUACAGAAUAUUCUAUUGCAAUAUGGCCAAGCAAAGUCUUGUAUUGUCACUAUUUUAGUAUUGCUGCUCCUAUAAAUCCAUUCAUAGCAUUUCAAACUUAAGAUUUCAAUGACAAUCCUAAAAUAAAGAGAUCUGAAGAUUUUCCAUAGGUGAUAUCAACAUUUCGUGCAGGUUUAGUCCCUUAUUUGAUAAUUGAUCCAAGAGAGUAAUGA